AUGUUGAUGCUGAUCCGCACGGACAAAGGGUUGCAGAUCAACGUCCUCGCCAUGCUUAGUGCCGUGUUGAUCAGCAUCCAGGUGGUGCUGGGAUCUCGGCGUCGGCGCUCCGGCAACAAAAUCAUUGUGAACCUGGUGCGGGUCGCUUACACCGUCUCCUUCCCGGUGUUCGUCUACACCAUCGGCCUCGUCCAGUCCGUGGAGGCGCCCAAACAGCUUGACAGCCAGCUGUUGUGGGCCGUCGGGCUCCUGCUCCUCCUGGGUAGCGUGGACGGCAUGUCGGCCUUCAGCCGGCAGGAGGUCGAGGAUAGCAAAGGAGUUCAGGCGCAGCACAUCAUCCAGACGGUUCUCGUGCUCUGGCUCCUCGUCAGCCGGAGCGACGUCUCCGAGGACGGGGUGAUCUUGCUCCUCUACUUCGUCCUAUGCUGGGUGUAUAGCAUCUUGAGGGUCGCCCAGAGGAUGAAGGCGCUGCGCAAGGCCAGCUCGAUGCACGGCCUAGUGCGCAGCGCCAAGGUGGUGGCUGACUACAUGCAAGAUGUGUAUGCCUCUGGCUCCGGUGAUAGGAUUCAUAGCCCCAUGGACAUGGCUAAGUGCAAGUAUCUGGUCCUCGGUGAGGAAAAGGACUCCAGACCACCGUCCAAGGCGCCCUGCUACCUCUCAGAGGUGGGCGGCAAGGGCAAGCUCGUCACGUUCGACAUGAUCUGGAAUAGCAAGGACAAGCUGCUGCUGAGUCCUACUCCUGAUGAUGACCAGAAGCCUGUGCCUCUGAAAGAUACUUGUCUUUCCUUCGCCUUGUUCAAGUUGCUCAGCCGGCGCUUCUGCCCGGGGCUCCCCAUCGCCGAGGAGGGUGACCAGGAGGCGCUGAAAUUCGUCCUCGCCGAGGGCAAGCAUGCCUUCCGUCUCGUGGAGGUCGAGUUGUCGUUCCUGUAUGACUUCUUCUACACCAAGUACCCGGCGCUCUUCCCCGCCGCCCUAGCGCUCCGCAUCAUCCGUUUUGUCGUCCUUGUUGGCUUGUUCAAGGUGCUCCUCUUAGAUUUUCCUUUGGAUGCCAUCAUAAUGUACACCGACCUCAGUCUCCCCGCGGAGUUGCUUGAGGAGGCCACGGGGUACUCCUCCAGUCACGCAGCUGUCUUCAUCCUCUUCAACAACGUUCUCGUCGUCUUCAUGAUCCUUAGCAUCGACAUCCUGCAAGACUUUGCCACGGGUUACUCAAACUGGGCCAUUGUACACUAUGUGUGCGACUACGUCUACAUGAGAAGGAGGACAGACGGUGACGGCGGCAAGGGGUGGUGGAUGAUGGUGAAGCGGUGCUGGAACCGGGGCUUCGGCAUUCGUCGAGUGCUCAUUAAAUGGGUGGCGGCACGCCGGGCAAAGAAGUCGGCGCACUGGUGGGAUAACAAGCUCGGCCAGCACUCGCUGCUCAACUCUUGCGGCUACACCGCACAGGAGAAGGCCGGAAGCGAGAAGGAUGUCACCCUGUCGGACGAAAUUAAGGACGAGGUUCUCAGCUCCCUCAAGAAAAGCGAUGGCCUGCUGUCAGUCGACAGCUCAAGAGAUCUGAGGAACAAGCUGCUGCAGCUGCACUGGGCGCCAUUCGACCUCUUGAAGAGCACGCGCAUGGUCCUCGUGUGGCACAUUGCCACCACCAUAUGCGCCAACCAGGAACAGGACCAGGGCACCGACAACUCCGACCGCCGCGUUGCAACCACUCUGUCCAGCUACUGCGCCUACCUUCUCGCUUUCAUCCCGGACAUGCUGCCGGACCACAGCUACACGGCCACGCAGAUCCUGGAUGCCGUCAUUCUAGAUGCCCGAAAGCGCCUCGGCACAGCCAAAACAUUGUCGGGCAGAUGCAAAAUGAUGUUACGAUUGGGAAAGACGCACAACUGCAACAUGGAGCAAGACAUGUCCAUCUUGAUCCUUGGAGCCAGCCUGGCAGACAAGCUCUUGUCGGAGAACGAGCGGCCGCCGUGGAAGCUGCUCGCGGGCUUCUGGGCCGACAUGGUGCUCUUCCUGGCGCCGUCCGACAAGGCCGACGUCCAUGCCGACCACCUAGCCGCCGGCGGCGAGUUCAUGACCCACCUUUGGGCGCUGCUCACGCACGCAGGCAUUGUUCACCGUCCAGACAUCCAUGCUGCAUCACAUGCUUGA